CUUGUCAGACCCGUCAUGAACGUUACAGAUCCGCUAACAGUACACAUCAAGCUGAAAUUGUCACAGCUCAUUGAAGUGAAUCUUAAGAAUCAAAUCAUGACUACAAACCUGUGGGUGGAGCAGUACUGGCACGACUACAAAUUGACAUGGGAGCCGAGAGAAUACGGUGGAGUCGACAUGUUACAUGUUCCUUCGGACCACAUAUGGAGGCCUGAUAUAGUGCUUUAUAAUAAUGCCGACGGAAAUUUCGAAGUGACUUUAGAAACAAAAGCCCAACUCAACAACCGUGGCAUGAUUCAGUGGAAGCCUCCAGCAAUAUACAAAAGUUCUUGUGAGAUUGAUGUGGAGUUCUUCCCUUUCGAUGUUCAAACCUGCCUCAUGAAAUUCGGAUCUUGGACAUAUGACGGAUUUAAGGUGGAUCUUCGGCAUAAGGAUGAAGUGAAAGGGACCAAUUUAGUGGAUAUCGGGAUCGAUCUCACCGAAUUCUACCUCAGUGUCGAAUGGGACAUACUAGAAGUUCCUGCUGUUCGCCAUGAAAAAUAUUACACUUGCUGUGAAGAGCCUUAUGUGGACAUAACUUUUAAUAUCAGCAUGCGCCGCAAAACUCUCUUUUACACUGUCAAUCUCAUCAUUCCUUGUAUGGGAAUUUCGUUUCUGACGGUUCUGGUAUUUUACUUACCAUCAGACAGUGGCGAAAAGGUGACCCUUAGCAUUUCGAUCCUGCUAUCGCUGACUGUGUUCUUCUUAUUGUUAGCAGAAAUCAUCCCGCCCACUUCUCUGGUGGUGCCUUUGCUCGGCAAAUAUCUUCUCUUCACCAUGAUUCUCGUUACGCUGUCGAUAUGUGUAACAGUUGUUGUUCUAAAUGUGCACUUUCGAACCUCCUCGACGCACAAAAUGGCGCCGUGGGUGAAGCGCGUCUUCCUCCAGAUCCUGCCACGCCUGCUGCUCAUGCGCAGGCCUUUGUAUUCGGCUGACCCGCGCAAGUUCGGUGACAACCGAAACUCCUGCAACGGAGGUGAUCCACCAUGCCGAAUCCAUGGGUAUGCGCCCGCCAAAGACGAUGAUGAAGGCAGCUCUUUGUCUGUGCCAGAACCCGAAGCCAGCCCUGCUUCUGGGCAAACCCUGAGACUUCAUUUUUGUCCAGAAUUCCAACGUGCUAUGGAGUCGGUGCAUUUCAUUGCAGACCAUACCAGAAGAUAUGAGGAACAUAUAAGUGUAAAAGAAGACUGGAAAUACGUGGCAAUGGUUCUGGAUCGGCUGUUUCUUUGGAUUUUCACUGUUGCUGUCCUCGUGGGAACGUGUGGCAUCAUUCUGCAUGCCCCUACACUUUAUGAUACCCGGGAACCCAUCGAUGUCAAACUCUCCGAAGUAGCCAUGGCUACAAUGCACCACCACCGACGAACAUGA